AGAUAAACUUGCCUACAAAUGACACAUCUGCUCAUAAAACGUCAGUCUGGAAAACACAUACGUGUUAUUCUUUACUUGUAAUACGCAGGUCCGGCCCUCUGAUGAGGGGAAGUUUUCGAGAGGCCAUUCUUUUCGUCGUCCUCCCAUCAUUUUUUCAACUUUCCUGUUUCUCACAUAGCUGUAUUUCCUUCUAUUAGAGCACGCUGAGACAGGAACUGCCACCCCUGCCUCCCUCCCACAUGUUUUUUCUGCCUUUCUCUCUUUGAGACCAACACACAUUCUCCUGCUCAUUCUUUCAGUUCAUUUAUCAGGGCGCAGUGUCUCCGGACGGUCUGUUUCAGCGUGGAUGCUCUCUGGUUCCAUCCUUUUCUCCGUUCGGUAUUCUCUGGUGGGACGUCUACCCACAUUGAUCUUCUGGGGUCUGGCUUCACCUCCAGCUCAGUGGACUCAGGAUGGAAGCAGUUGCUCUUUACAACUUUUGUGCAACGGAAAGUGACGAGCUUAGCUUUCAGAAGGGAGAUGUACUCAAGAUCACUAAUAUGGAAGAUGAUCCUAACUGGUACACAGCAGAGUUGGCGAACAGGAAGGGCUACGUACCUAAAAACUAUAUCAGCGUCAGGCCACACACAUGGUUUGCGGGCCGUAUCUCCAGACACGUGGCCGAGAAUCGACUGCGCCAGCAGGAAUGUGGAAGCUUCUUAGUUAGAGAAAGUGAGAGUGCGCCUGGAGAGUUCUCUAUGUCAGUGAGCUAUGGGGAUCACGUACAGCAUUUCAAGGUGUUAAAGGAUAGAGAUGGGUAUUACUUUGUUUGGGAGGAGAUCUUCCCUUCCUUAAAUCAGCUUGUGGACUUCUACAAGACCAACAGCAUUGCAAAAGAAAGGACUGUGUUUCUGAGGGAUACAGAACAUACACUAAAGAGGCCCCAUCAUGCACAUGCCCUGUUUGACUUCAAUCCAGAGCACAACACCCAGCUGCACUUCCUGCGGGGUGAUAUCAUAGACCUGCUGGACUGCUCAGAUUCUCAACGCUGGAAAGGUCGUUGCCGUGGAUGUGUGGGCUUUUUCCCCCCUGAGUACGUCCAGCCCAUCUAUCACUGACUCUGAAGGACAGUAACAACACUGUGUGUACAUAGCAAUAGUUGAUUGUUAGCAUCGUUCACUGGUUUAAUAUGUCAGGGAUUAUCAAGCUAACUGUGUUUGAAAAUGACUAUGGAACAAGCAAACCUAAUGAAAUGAACAGUUACUAAGACAUAAUCAUGCUGUUGACACUAAGAUGACACAUUUCAGCUUUUUAGAUAAAAGCCCUCAAAUAAUCCAGCAUCACUCAAUGAAAAAAAAAAAAAAAAAUACUGUUGUGUAUUAAAAUGCAAUUGGAAAUUUUAUCAUGAAUUUUAUUAAUGCAAUCUCUUCACUGCACUUUGCUUACAAAUUUGGAUAUUAGCUAAAAAAUUUCUUCAAUCAAUUGCUAUAUUUAUUACAAUUCUUUUCUGUGUAUAUGUUGUUUAUAACUGUUGUUAUCUGCUUCUUUUGAUUAUGUAAAUGUUACAAUUAUGAUGACUGGAUAUUGAAGAAUAUAAACAAGUUAUUAUGCACAUGUCAAUAA